AGGACCCGUCGCGACGGGCGGUACAAUAGAGCCGCUGUGCCGUGUUGGUGGUGGAUAUUCUGCAGGCUGGAGAUUCCCACUAUGGUGGGAUACAAAAAGCCCCACGUUUUAUAGAAUAUUAGGACCACGGUUCAGAUUUUCAUAACUGUAUGUAUGUUCGGUCUGUUUGACCGUGUCUUUGAGGGGAGUAAAGCGGAGAGCGGUCGUGAACUGAAGAUAUGAAACAAAGCGGUUAGUUUUCAGAAGAAUCUACUAGCAUGCUAUUCAGUCUGAUGUUUCUGGACGUUACAGGAUGAAACGUCUCAGGUCGUCUAGCAGCAGUGACAGUUCUGAAAAUGAGAGCCCUUCAACCUCUUUCUGCUCCUCCAACAAAUAUGACUGUAAACCUGAAACCCCCGCCUCCAACCCGAAGAAACCGGCUGAAGUGUUCAGAAAAGACCUGAUUAGUGCCAUGAAGAUACCAGAUUCCCACCAUGUGUCCCCAGAGGACUACUACCUGCUGGCGGACACCUGGAAGCAGGAGUGGGAGAAGGGAGUCCAGGUGCUGGCCAGUCCAGACACCAUCCCUGAACCGUCACUGAGAAUCAUUGCAGCAAAGUCCAAAGAAGUGCUUUACACCCACCAGAGGAAGUACAUCCAGUGUUCGAGUCAGGAAGCAACGGAACCAGGAUAUGUCAACAUCAAGGAGCUGGCAGAGGCCAUGUGUCGCUAUGAUCUGGAUGAUAUGGACCUGUACUGGCUCCACAUGCUUAACUGUGAGCUGAGUCACAUGGGGGAGGCCCCCAUAGAUGAGCUGACUAUGGAGCGAGCUAUGGAGGCCCUGGAGAGGCAGUGCCAUGACAACAUGAAACACGCCAUAGAAACGGUGGAAGGCCUGGGCAUCGAGUACGAUGAGGACGUGAUUUGUGACGUGUGCCGCUCCCCGGACAGUGAAGAGGGGAAUGACAUGGUGUUCUGUGACAAGUGCAACAUCUGCGUGCACCAGGCUUGUUAUGGCAUCGUCAAAGUGCCUGUUGGAAACUGGCUCUGCAGGACGUGUGUCCUCAGCAUUGACCCCCAGUGCCUUCUGUGUCCCAAGAAGGGCGGUGCCAUGAAGGCCACACGUGCCGGCACAAAAUGGGCACACGUGAGCUGCGCCCUGUGGAUUCCUGAGGUGAGCAUUGCCUGUCCCGAGCGAAUGGAGCCCAUUACAAAAGUGUCCCACAUCCCGCCCAGUCGCUGGUCUCUCAUCUGCAGUCUGUGCAAACUGAAGACAGGUGCAUGCAUCCAGUGUUCAGUGAAGAACUGCACCACUCCCUUCCAUGUGACGUGUGCCUUUGAGCACAGCCUGGAGAUGAAGACCAUCCUGGACGAGGGCGACGAAGUUAAAUUCAAGUCUUACUGCCUCAAGCACAGCAAGUCCGCAGAAGCCAGCCUCAGCCCAGGUCGAUCCAAAGUCUCCGGAGAGGGGGGCAAAGUGGGCCAGCGGGCGCAGAGGCUGCAGGAGCUGGAGGAGGAGUUCUACACUCUGAUCCAGCUGGGGGAGCUGGCACAGGACCUGGGGCUCUCUGAGCACCUGAUGGACUUCAUCUAUCAGUACUGGAAGCUUAAGAGGAAAUCCAGUUUCAACAAGCCUCUGCUGCCCCCUAAAGAGGAGGAGGAGAACCUGGUGCUGCAGCCUCAGGAGGACAGCAUCCACACACGCAUGCGCAUGUUCAUGCACUUGCGACAGGAUUUAGAACGGGUGAGGAAUUUGUGUUACAUGGUGAGUCGGCGGGAGAAGCUGAAGCUGCUUCAGAGUAAAGCCCAGGAGCAGAUGUUCAACCUACACGUGAAGCUUCUGAAUCAAGAGAUGUCCACUGGUCUUCCUGCUUCACUCCCAGUGGAAAGCAUGCUGUUCCACCCUCCUCCGAGGAUCACUCUAAAACUAAAGAUGCCCAAAGCUUCAGGUCUUGGAAAUGGAAACCGCAGUUCUAAGUUGGGCAAUGGGCCGCUCUGCCCAGACAACAGUGGGAACGUAAAUGAACACACUGCAGAGGGGCCCGGCCAAGGGAAACCUCAGCUGCACGCCUGCUGCAGCAAAGAGGACCGGUCCAAUGGUCGACUUUCUUCUUCGAGCCUCUUGAGCAGCACGCCCCUGACUGGUAAGCCUGCUGGCAAACAUUUGGCGUUGCACAUCAAGCACCACCCCCAUUCAUCCAACAGUAACGGCAAACUGGACCAAGACCGAUCGUGCGUGGUCAAGUGUAACGGCAUCUUAGACAAGAUGGUGGCUCAGAAGGACAGCUCCUGCCAGACAUCAAGUAACCGGGACGUUUCAAAGGAAGAACUGCAUAAAAACAGCUUUUGCAAGUCUGCCAUGGAGCACUUUGGCAGAUCCUUUAAAGAAGCGACUAUUAACUUGGUACGGACAACUGAAGACCUCCGGGCCUCAGACAAACUGACUCGAAAGACCUCUACUAAGGAGAAAGAGUGGGUGAAACCUGUAUUAGAACAUAAAGUCAAAAGCAGACGAUCACACCAGGACAGUGACGGUUACUGCCCCGACCUGGAGCUGAGUGACUCUGAACCAGAGGCCAAAGGGAGACAUGCUCAACAGGUCGUGCUUCCAAAGCCAAAAACUCCAAGAAAGGGGAAGCAUUCAGUGGGUUCCAGACACUCCAUGCAGAGGUGACGCUGCCACCCGAUCCUUCCAGCUUCUUCCAGUCUCUUUAGACCUCCUGGGAGCACUGGCCCAGCAUCGGCCCAGCUCUUUUAAACACAUCUACAUCAGGGACCAAGUCAAUGUGCUGACGGUGCUGUACACAUAGAGCAGUGUGUUGGGUUCAGGAUGAGAGGCGAUCAUGUUUGCCUUUCAUGUGAUAUUCAACAGCAUGUUCCAUCAUGCAGUUUUGAUUUGCCUUUAACUAAUUUUUUCAACUCAACUUAUCUGACUGAAAUUUUUCAAUUCACAGUAAGCAUUUUUUGCAUUUCGGUAGGGUUCUCUUUCUGUUUGUUUACAGAUCAGCAGCCUUUUCUGAAAACUCUACUGGUUUAUAGUUUUGUUCAUUUCAGUGUGUUGGGUUCUGGUGAGUAAAACACUACGUUUGUGUCUCAAAAUGGGACGAGAUGUGUUUUUACAGCACGCUUACAUUCCAAGAUUUAUCCUUCAAUAAUGAAAAUGAGGGCAGAAAAGUUAACAUUAGGGGUGACGGUGAAAAUAGCAGUCGGACCGCCUUCCUUUCUGAUGUUAGACGGUCACAUGAGCAGCCUUCAUUGUCACAGAGUUUAAAUGUGAAAACGAGCUGUGAAUCGUCCAUCUGUGAUGUUACCUGUGCUGCUGUUCAAGUAAUAAACACGGCUGAAGUGCUUCAUAA